CUGUGCCGCCAGGAUCCAGCAUGGCUUCCUUUUUCACGACAGCCAUGAAAAGCUUCAGGGGCGGAGGUGAGGAGCAGGAGGAACCCAAGGAUGGGAAGAAGGCAGAGCUGUCCAACGGCAUGUCCCACGAGGAGUUUGAGGAAUACCAGCGGCAGCUGCUGGAGGAGAAGAUACAGCGGGACAAAGCCUUUGCACAUAAGAAGGCAGAAAGAGCCACUGUCCGGAUGCACCUUCGGGGGAAGUACCGCCUGCCACAGAGUGAACAGGAUGGUGCCCAGAUCCAAGUGGCUGGAGGAGAUGUGGAUCUCCCUGAGGAUCUGGCUGCGAUGGUGAAAGAGAAGGAAGAGGAGGAGGAGGAAGAAGGGUCAUACUCUUUCUUGGAGAAGCUGCAGGAGAUGGAUUUGGAAGCCUUGAAAAGUAGAGCACAGGGCACAUUUGAUGAGGUGAAGGGGAAAUGCGUGCUGAUGUAAGCCCUAGUAGUGCUGCCCAGCUGGCUUCCUGCUACGUGAGCCCAUGCUCAGGUUUGGGGCUCUGUCACCAGAUGAGAGCAGCUCAGUCAGGCAUGCAGGUGGGUCCGAGUGUCCCUGGGGGAUGUGGUUCCUCGGAGGUCUGGACAAUCAGGUUCAGGGAUACAAGGGCUAUUUAGGGGCCCAGCUCCCAAUGGUUUCAAUAGGAGUUUGCUGGCCAUGUAGCAGUGAGGCACUUUAAUGCCUAUGUGGGUCUGGGUCUGAGAUGCCAUGGAGCUGGGUGCCAUAUAAAAUACAGAACAGCCCCCAGCUGCUCUCUCUUCUCCCUUAGCCAUGAACACGGUGGUCUGCUGAGGCCACAUGCAGGGCCCUCAGCCCAUGCCCCAUCUCUUCCUGGGGCAGCAGAGUUUGCUGGGGGCAGCGCUGCCUGGUCCUCUGGGGCUGCGUGGCCCUGAGCCCCCUCACCGCACACACAGCUGCAUUCAGCUAACCUGGUCUCUCAUGAAAACUUGGCUCUGAUGGCAGACUGCUGCGGUGCCUCCUUCCCAGGAAAGGCAGGAGCUUUCCCUAUCCCUCAGCCCCAGAGGCAAGGGAUAAUACUCAGCCUGGCACAGCUCAGCCCAAGGUCCCAUCCACCAGCAGUUGGAGUUACAGGGAACCACAAAGUUGCAUCCCAAAGGCUGGAUUUAGACAUGUUCUUCGCACACCAUGUCAGUGGAUCACAAGUGAGUAGCAACACAGUGCCUUGGCAUCAGAACUGGACCAGAAAUGCCCAGCGCAUCACCUACACAGCCAAUUUUGGCAUCUUUUUUCUGGGAUUGUAUGCCUCUUGUGCUGGGGAGAAUGCAGUAUUGCCCAAGUGUUGCCCCAGGAAGGCUGUGAGCACAAAUCUGUAACUCUAGCAUUUGCAGCAAAACAGUGAAGGUGCUAGGGGAGGCCUAUUUCUGCAAGGGGUAGGAGCAGGAGGCAGGUUUGCUAGUCGCACCUCUGUGCAGAGCAUGUGUUACCCUGCCUGUCCAUCUCCAUUCCUAGCCCACUACUUCAUCUCUCUUCCUAGCCAAACCUGCACAGUGAUGAUUUGGAAACGCACAAAAUCCAGAAUCAGCCCCACAAUGGAGCUGCAUGUAAUUCUUAA